UUUACCGCGCGUCAUUGCCAGUCCAGUAAUUGUAGAUACAACAUUGUAUCAAAAUAUCAACAUUUUUUACGGAUUAAUCUCAUGAUAUUUUGCAGGUCAAAUAGUUUUGUAUCGUUUUUAACAUAAUGAACACAACGGGGAACAAUACGACUGUGAUUGCAGCAGCAAUCCUCACGACAAUGAACGCAACAGCAGUCAUUUGGAAAUGAAACACAGCACACCUAUCGUUUUGACUAUGAACGCAACACAGCAAUUGUUUUGAGGAUGAACGCAACAAAACAAUCGUUUUCACUAUGAACGCAACAGCAGUCAUUUGGCAAUGAACGCAGCACAGCAAUCGUUUUGCCAAUGAACCUUACACAGAAUGUAUGACGACAAUGAACGCAUCAACAAGUAUGGCGGCCAUUGAUGAUACGAAUAGUGAUCUCUUCAAUAGCACAUCAUGUGUCAUUCAACAAGAGCAGCACGAUAGUUCCUUGGAAAGUGUCGUUCUUCUGGGCAUGGUCUUUAGUAUGAUGUCUUUUAUCAUCAUAGUCGGCAACAUUUUCGUCCUGAUAGUUGUGACAAAGUUACCGAAACCACGGCAACCAACACGCAUCCUUGUCAUGAACUUGGCUGUAGCAGAUCUUGGAUUAGGAAUUUGCAUCCUUCCUCUUACGUCCUAUAACGAAAUCGUGUCGUGGCCUUUUGGGGAGAAAUUGUGCAUUUUAUAUGAUGUUGGAGAUACUCUUCUCUGCAUUGCCUCGCUCUACACCCUCUGUGCCUUGGCAGUCGACCGUUAUAUUGGAGUUACCCGCCCUUUGAGGUACAAUGUCAUCAUGACCGAUCGUAUGGCCAUAGUAAUGGUGAUUAUGGUGUGGCUGCUAUCCUGGGGCGUGUCGUGUCCCCCAUUGUUUGGCUGGAGACAACCCCCACCAGCUUAUCAAACUGUGUGUGUAAUUACCUCAAAUGUGUACUACGUCAUAGAGUCGUGCAUUCUCGGAUUCUUCGUUCCCUCCAUAGUCGUCAUGUGCAUCUACACAAAAAUAUACUUAGUCGCACGCAAACACAUUUCUAACAUUUCAAAAAACACAAUUAUAUUAAAUAUAGACAAAGAUUCUGACAACGAAUCCAGAUACGGUUCUUGUUUUAGUUUAUGUAUUUCCGGUUCCUCCAACGAAUCAGGUGUUACUGUUGUCACUUCCAACUGUCAAAAUCAGGCAAUUCUUUUGAAAAAAAUUAGGAUGGAAUUACGUGCUGCGAAAACAUUUGGGAAAGUUUUAGGAAUUUUUGUCAUCUGUUGGAUGCCGUUUAUACUGUUGUAUCCGUUUGGUUUUCUGUGUUCUUCUUGUGUCAUACCGGAAGUUGCGUGGGAUGUUGCAUUCUGGCUCGGAUAUGCUAACUCCAUGAUGAACCCGUUUGUGUACGCACUAUCGUGUCCGGAGUAUCGGAGGGCCUUCGUUCGCCUGAUCCGGUGUAGGGGCACGAGGGAUUCACAAGUGAGUGCAUCCCCGUGUGUUACCAGGCGAACAGAUGUAAAUGUUUCAAGCGGAAAAUUCUGAAUGAUGAAAAAUGGCUGACUUCCGCCACAUAACGUUUGUCGAUGUUAGUAUGUCGUCCAAUCUUGACAGAAAAAGUAUCUUGGCGAUGUCAUACUUAAGAUUUCUGCAGAUGUAUGGUGCCGAAGAACUUUUUUUUUUUAAUUCCAUAGAGAUUCACAGCAUCCUGCUUGGUACAUCAUUUAUCGAACCGUCGUUUAUAUACUACCGGACAACUGUUCUCGAGAACCAAGGUCAAGAGGCGACUGCAUGCAUCCCACCCAAGAAGGAUUGCGUAGUUGUACAUUUUUUUGUGAAGAAAGUAGUUUUUAAUUUCUUGUUUAUAAUGCAAUAUUUUUUUUA